AUGAGACUCCGCAAAGCUGCCCGCGUUAUUCUCGUCGGAGCCCCCGGUGUUGGAAAAGGAACGCAGUCCGAACGACUCCUUCAACGGUUUCCCCAGAUUCAGUCUAUUAGCACCGGAGACCUGCUUCGCAACAAUGUCAAGCUCCGGACCCCCCUCGGUAUCAAGGUCGAGAACACCAUGAAGUCCGGCGGACUCGUGGCUGAUGAUCUGAUUAUGCGCCUCAUCUCCAACGAGAUGUACAAGAACGGCUGGCUUCUCAACAGCCGCAGAAGGCCUCAGGUUAUGACCUUGUCAUCUUCCGCCGCCACAGUCGACUCGUUCUACGAAGAGCAGCUAGAUGACUUUGUCACGGCUACCGGAGCUCUCGACAGCCAUGGGCCCCCCGAGGCAUCCGAAGACCCCGACGCCUCUUUCAUCCUGGAUGGUUUUCCACGGACUGCCACCCAGGCGGCGGUUUGCGACAAGUUGAUUCCGAUCAACCUGGUGGUGUCGCUCAAGACCCCGUUCAACGUCAUCAUGGAGCGUAUCUCGGGCCGCUGGGUCCACGAGCCCUCGGGACGCGUGUACAACACAUCCUUCAACGCCCCCAUGAUUCCCGGCAAAGACGAUGUCACCGGAGAGCCCCUCACACAGCGCCCGGAUGACACUGAGGCGGUGUACAAGGAGCGCUUCCGCAAGUUCCAGGAGACCAGCGAGCCUCUCCUGGAACACUACGAUAAGAAGGGCGUUCUCUGGGAGGUCGAGGGCAUGAGCAGCGACGAAAUCAGUCCCCUGCUCUUCGACGAAUUCGAGAAGCGCUUCGUUCAUUGA